ACAAAAUAAACUAUGAGUAUUAAAACUUUGAAUGUCAUAAUUACCCCAUUAACAUAUUAAUAAUCAGGGUUAUUAUUCGUAAUAAAAGAAUAUAAAGAAGGGUUAUUUAACAGUUAAGACUGGCGGGAGCUUUCUUUCUUUUUCGAUCAUUUUGUAUUUCUCUCUGCAAUUAAUGAAACAACUCUUCCCAAAAGUAUCCUAGAAAUUUCUCGAAUAUAUCGCCGGAAUAUUACAAUUUAUCAUCGGAAUACCAUACGGUUCCGGCCAAACCGAUCGGCAAAAAUGGCUGAGUAUCUAGUACUGGAAUGCGAAGAAGGAAAAGAUAAAGUAUCAAUAAAGAGUACGACCAAAAGAAAGAAGAUUCGUGUUGCUUCUCUUGAUGUUUUUCGAGGUCUUGCUGUCUUUCUCAUGAUAUUUGUCGAUUAUGGUGGUUCACUUGCUCCAUCCAUUGGUCAUUCUCCAUGGAACGGUGUGCACUUGGCAGAUUUUGUGAUGCCUUUCUUUCUUUUCAUUGUUGGUGUUUCUGUGGCACUUGUCUACAAGAGAGUAUCGAACAGAAGAGUGGCUACAUGUAAGGCACUUGUAAAGACAGUACAGCUCUUUCUUCUUGGUGUUUUUCUUCAAGGUGGUUAUUUUCAUGGUAUAACCUCUUUGACCUUUGGUGUUGAUCUUGGAAGCAUUCGGUUGUUUGGCAUUCUCCAGCGGAUAACCAUCGGAUACAUAGUUGCUGCUUUAUGUGAAAUUUGGGUUCCUUAUAACAGUGGUACAGAGAAACAAGUAGCAGUUUUUAAGAGCUAUCUUUUGCAUUGGUGUGUGGCAGUUGGAUUAUGCAUCAUAUAUUCUGCACUACUGUAUGGUUUAUAUGUUCCGGACUGGCAAUUCAGUGUCCCACAGUCAACGUAUUCCCCCUCUUCAUCAAAUAAUAGCUACAUCAGUUACACGGUGAACUGUUCAACCAGAGGUGAUCUUGGGCCAGCUUGUAAUUCAGCAGGAAUGAUUGAUCGUUACGUUCUUGGUAUUAAUCAUCUAUAUAAGAAGCCUGUUUACAGAAACUUGAAGGAAUGCAGUGAUCCUGCAAUUGGCCAAGGUUCAGACAGUGUACCACCAUGGUGCCAUGCACCAUUUGAUCCCGAAGGUAUUUUAAGCUCCAUCACAGCUGCCGUAACCUGCAUCAUUGGACUUCAGUAUGGUCACAUUCUUGUGCUAUUAGAGGACCACAAGGAUCGUCUUCUUCAUUGGGUAUUGCUUUCCUUCUCAUUUUUUGGCCUCGGUGUGUUUCUUUCGUAUGUAGAUAUUCCCUUAAACAAAUCUUUAUACACCAUCAGUUAUAUGCUGCUUACAUCUUCUACAGCUGGAAUCACUUUCUGUGCUUUUUACAUACUGGUAGAUAUUUAUGGUUACAGGCGUUUAACAUCACUGCUUGAGUGGAUGGGAGUACAUUCUUUGUCCAUCUUUGUUCUUAUAUCUUCGAACUUGGCUGUAAUUGCAAUACAAGGCUUCUAUUCAGUUUCUCCAAAAAAUAACUUGAUUCAUUGGAUUGUGACAUGCUUUGUCCAGAAAUAACUCAUACGUCGAUUUUACUACGGGUAACGCUCAUACUUCAUCUGCUAUUGGAACACAUGCUUUCCUACUCAAAAUGUUGCUUAGAGCAUGUAUCAUUCAUUUAUAUAUGUAAUUAUGACUAAAACCUACCUUAUAAUUUUGUCAGUAUUUAUAUAAUUUGAAGUAGUUUUGAGUAUAGAUAAAUAAAGUAAGUACUCGGCAAGUUAGUCUUUU